CUCAUAUAUUCCAUAUCCUUUUUUUGUCAUUGGAUUACUUGUGAUGAUUCUUGUGCCACAGUGUACAGCGUCCCCACCAUCAAAUCAUACUCCAUCUAAGCCCGUGGUAUAUACACACAAGCUAUACCAUAUCACAAAGCCAUUUUCCUUGGUCCAUUCUUAUUUUCUAUCAAUCACACUCUGUUUGUUUCCUUUAUCUUUUCAUCUUUUUCUCUCUUUCUCUCCCUUUAAGUACCAAACUCAUACACACACAUACUAUACCAAAACACACGUAAUGGGACGACGAUGAAGCGUAUUCUCAACAGUAGUAGUGGCAGCAACAGUAACAGCAGCAGCAAUAACAAGCGAUCCAAAAUCACUUUUGACAUUCAACUCGAUCAACGAAAGUACUAUUUUCGCGGGGAUGUCGUUGAAGGCCGGAUAUAUCUCGAAUCACCCAAGCCAAUCAAGGUGAAAAACAUUCGGGUGCAAUGGUUCGGACGAGUACGUGUUCAACUUGAGCCGUCUCUACGCGACGAACGAGAAUUAUUUCGGGAAACAGCGUACCUGGAUCUUCCUGAAACAGAAAAUGCAACAGAAACGGCUCGUCGAGAAGCGCUUAAAAAGGCAGCUACAACUACAACAGCGUAUGGAAUAAUGAUUCCACCUUCACCCUCUAAAGGAAGCCAUUAUGUCGAGGUAGAUAAGCUUUACACGUAUCCGUUCUCAUUAGUUAUUCCACAAAAUACAAUUUUGCCAAGUUGUACCGAGGUAAAUGGAUGCUUCAGUAGGGAGUAUGAAUUUAAAAAGAGUGAGACAAGUGUUGGCGGAAUCGUAGAAUAUAUCAUUGAAGCAUGCCUGGAACGACCUACAUCAGACUUCGCUGCAUCUAUCAAGACGCAGAUCCUGGUACCAGUGCUCCAACGCAUCGAGACGACGCGACCUGAGCAAGUAGUUCCACAAUCAGUCCAGGUGGAGUCCCAGGGACCGUUUUCACAAUGCAGGGGCGAGGGCACGGCUACGUUGACGGCAUCCGUACCGAAAGAGGCGUUUGUUCGAAACCUACCAGUCCCUGUUACCAUUGAAAUUAAGCAUUUUGAACCAUUUCAGCGUAAACAGGGCUUGAUGAUUGCACUUAUUCGCACUUGUCGAAUCGUCUGUAAAGGAGCGUAAGUAUCUUGGUAACGGCAGUUACAAUGCGGCUCCCGCAAUUGCAUCGGGUAUGGAAAGGGCGAAGAAGUGUGGGAUAAAAUAAGAAAUACAAAAGGAUACAGAACAUAAAUAAGCUCAUGUCCUUAUCUUCC